UUUGUAAAUUUCAAUUUUCAAAAUUCAGUCAAAAAUUCAAUUUAAGUGAUUCAGCUUAAGCAGCUUGCUGACGGGGGCGUGUAAGGAAAAGCAAAAAAAAUGUUUAUACUCAGACGUCCAUUGCUUUUGAUUUGGUGUUUGGUUAUGUUUGUUGGGUUGAUGAAGCUAUACUGCCAUGGUAUACCCACUGCCAAUUCGAAUCAAACGAUAAUUAUCACAGCGACGGCAACAACAAAAGACGGCACUUCACUCGACGAUAAGCAGUUGACACUCAAAGCAGACAAUGAACUAGAAAGUAUGUAUUAUAAUAGUACAAGUGAAAUGCAUGGAAAUCUUGGCGCAACAAAAGCUAGUUCAAGUAUGGUAAGAGUGGGGGACAAUAUGCCGACCAGCACGACCACAUAUGCACAAAAUAAUUACAUCACAAACAACAGCAUCGAUAUUGCGUUAACACCGAUGAUGAGCCUUUUACCGCCUAAUGUGGCUUUUAACUUAAAAGCGUCCGCCCAAAUUGCCGCUAAAGCCACAAUUGCAACAACCACAAACACCACUGAAACCAACAGCAAACGGGUGGAAAAUAAACGUUAUCAACAACAACAUGAACAUCAGCAACAGCAGCAGUUACCGACCAUUACGCCCGCAAUGCAGGUGGCACGCAUUUACGAAUCCUUCCGCGCUCUGCCCGAAUUAGAUGUCACUAGCCACGACGCUGGUAGCAGAAAGCGUUUCAGACGCAUGCCAGAUUUACACACCGACUACACGCCCACUCCGACACCUCUACUCACGCCUGAGUACGAUGCCGGCUCAACCACUAUGUCAACGCAAGCCGCCACAACUGUGGCAAAUAUGGACGCUAAUGUGACAACAGCAACAAAUAUGCGGAAACGCACUGCUUCGGCGGACAUGUUGAGUCGAAAUAUUUCCAUCAUAUUGGAAAAUCUCCUUAAAAGCUAUGAACAGUCACAGCUGCCAACGCAUGGACAAGGUAUUCCAACAGUGGUGCGUACCAAUAUACUCAUACGCAGUAUGGGCCCUGUCUCGGAGCUGGAUAUGGACUACUCAAUGGACUGUUACUUCCGUCAGUAUUGGCAUGAUAAGCGUUUGAGUUUUCAGGGUCCCAUACAAAGUCUAUCGCUAAGUAUUAAGAUGUUAGAUAAAAUUUGGCGACCGGAUACUUAUUUUUUCAAUGGAAAGCAUUCUCACAUACAUACCAUAACUGUACCCAAUAAGUUAUUGCGAUUGGAUCAAAAUGGUGGAAUUUUGUAUUCUAUGAGACUCACAAUAAAGGCCACAUGUCCCAUGGAACUAAAAAACUUUCCAAUGGAUCUGCAAUCGUGUCCACUAAUAAUUGGCAGUUAUGGUUAUACUAACCGCCAACUAGUCUACGAGUGGAAGGGUGAAGAUGACGCAGUUUCUUUCGUGCCGGGCAUGACCUUAAACCAGUUCGAUUUGAUCAGUAUGAAGCAACGAAACUCUACUUACACAAGAAGAGAGGGCGACUUCUCCGUGCUACAUGUGGCUUUCAAUCUCAAGCGGCAUACGGGUUAUUUUCUCAUACAGGUAUACGUCCCGUGCAUUUUGAUUGUGGUUCUCUCUUGGGUCUCCUUUUGGAUACAUCGCGAGGCUACCAGCGAUCGUGUGGGUCUUUGUGUAACGGCCGUGCUCACACUCUCCACAAUCAGUCUUGAUUCACGCACCGACUUGCCUAAAGUAAAAUAUGCCACGGCCUUGGACUGGUUUUUACUAAUGAGCUUUUUGUAUUGCAUUGCGACGUUGUUGGAGUUUGCUGGCGUACAUUAUUUCACAAAGGUCGGUAGCGGUGAAAUACCCAUAAGCGAAGACGAAUGGGAAGAUAUUGAUGACGGCGCUGUUGCUGAAGACGAGGAGUGCGAAGAAGAUAUACAGAGUUGUUCGAUAAAACGCAGUAACGAAUCUGUUUGCGAGAUGCCACACACGUUGGCGGGCAACUUUUGCAAGCGCAAUGCGAUGAUUUGUCCAAUAUAUAAUGAUCCAACGCAAAUAUUUCCAGCUCCCUCCUCGCAUGCCUCCACCAUGGAGCGAACAACACAAACGGAACCACCAGUUAUAUCCAAAGCAAGACAAAUGUGGCUUUGUCUAAUAGGAGAUGAUAAAUUUCGAAGACAAAGGGAACGUGAUGCGGCUGUAACGAAAGGUACACGUUAUGUGAAUAGUGUUUCUCUAAUUGAUCGGGUUGCGCGCGUUGCUUUUCCCAUGUCUUUUGCUUUCUUCAAUCUUCUGUAUUGGUUGGCUUAUGGCAUGUCCAAAAAGGAGUUCACUUGGUCAGCGGUAAAGGGCUAAAGGGAGUGGAUGGAAAGGAGAGAAUGUGGUGGAUAAAACAACAAGAGAAUAAACAAAUAGAAAUAAAAUGUAAAAUGGUUCAAAUUAAUUUAUAAGAAAGCAAUAAAUAAAUAAUUAAAAAAAAGAAAAAUUUAAAGUGGGAUGAAAUAUAUACACAUAUAUAUAUAUAUUCAUAUAGAUAAAGUAAUAGAAUUUUUGCAAUGCGAAAUUCGAAUUUUGACGUAAACUUUUUUGCAUAUCAAGUCAAAAAGUAAAAAGAAAACCAACAACUUAGUUAACAUAAUUAGAGCAAUAAAUACAAUAAAAAAAAUAAUUAGUAAAACAUACAAACAACGAGCUUCUUUUAUAUUUAAUUAACAAAUAUAGUGAAUACUGAUUUUAUAAUAAUUUACAUAACCGUAAGCAAGAACUAAAGCAUAGAAAAAGAAAAUCGAGCUUAAUUUGCUUAAGUAAGUAUGUUUGUAGAAGUGUUUGAAAAGCUAUUAUAUAAAUAUUUUAUAUUAUCAUAUUAGCAAAAUAACUAGUUAAUAAUUAUUAGUUGUUAAAUUAAUGUUGUUAGUUGAUUUUAGAGACAAUUUAAUAAAGCUGAAUUUAAAGUGAAAA